UUGGUAGAUAUGAUAUUUAAAGCAAAAUAAUGAUGUGAUACAGACCAUCCUUAAGUUUUGUUGAUAUACUUUUACAUUGGAACUAUGUGGAAGUACUACAUAUCUGUUCUGUAAUGGAAACUACGAGUACAUAUUUAAUUUCAUAAAGCAAAUUUUAUUAAUUUUUUUUGUGUCAACGAAAACUUAUCUUAUCUGUACGGACGUAUCAUUUGUAUCUAAUUGCCGGUAUACGCACCCGAAUCCUAAAUACUAUAUUUAUUAUCUACGCUUUAUUUACACUAUCAAAAUUUCAAAUAGGUUAAAUACCACAGAAACGGUAAUAUCACGCUCGCUUCAAGACGUUCCUACAAAUAAAACAAUAUGCUGUUGUAGUAACAAAUGAAAAAGAAAAAAAAGUACACAGCCAGUGUCAAAACAAAUAAAAAAGUGGAAAGCCAGCCAGUAUCUAGUCAAAUAUACCGGAAAAUUAAAAAGUUAAAAAUAUUUUUAAUCCGCGAUGCCGUCAGCGCUUGACAUCGAUCCGUUCAGCCAGCCGGAAUGGAGCGACUCCAGUGAUUCCUCGGAUCCCGCGCCGCUACCCCAGCUGGGAUACUUUGUACCCGUCAGAUCUAGGUGUAGAUGCGACAGAUCGACGCGCCAUGUGUGUCGGAGAAGUAAAAGAGAAUCUCCCCGCUCGCGUCGGUCGGUCUCGCAAUGCUCCUGCAACAGCAUCUCGCGGAGGUCCUCUGCCGCAGCGUCACCGAUGCCGCUGCCCCCCCUCAACAACACCGUGGAGAUGUACGUCGAACCCGUCGUUGAAGAUACGGCGGAACGCAACUCCGGUUGGGAAACACACAGAGUUCGACUAAACAGAGUCUCUGGUUAUGGAUUCGGUAUCGCCGUAUCUGGAGGCAGGGAUAACCCACACUUUGCCAGCGGUGAUCCUUCCAUUGCUGUCUCUGAUGUCCUGAGAGGAGGUCCUGCUGAAGACAAGUUACAAGUAAAUGAUAGAAUAGUAUCAGUUAACGGAGUACCAUUAGAAAACGUCGAAUACGCACGGGCAGUUCAAGUACUACGAGAGUCUGGUGCGACGGUAUCGCUUGUAGUGAGGAGACGAGCGCCCGCCCCACCACCCACAGCUCCCACUACUAUCAAACUCGCUCUUACGAGGAAUGGAAAAAAGGAAGAUUUUGGUAUAGUCCUGGGAUGCAAGAUCUACGUCAAAGAGCUGACGAUGCGAGCGAGGGAACAAUUGAACCAAGCUGGGCAGGGUCUUUGCGAAGGAGACAUCAUAACUCGAAUCAAUAACACCGCAGUGACAGAUGCGAUGACCUUAAAAGAAGCCAAGAAACUCGUGGAGUCUUGCAAAGAUAGGUUGAACUUGGUCAUAACUAGAGAACUGAUCAGGGAGGAGACUGUUACGAACGGAAAUUACCAGAAUAAUUACAGCAGCUUAGAAGCGACACCCCUCACGACUUACCCAAACAGUGGAGAUACGAUGUCAUCCCCUUACUCCAGCAGUGGACAAAACUUGUAUGUCGCGGCACCGGUCCGAGGAGCUGAUAACAGACGAGGAGUACAUGAUGAGCAACCUCCAAGACCACCACCACCUAGGAAUGAUGAUUAUUACAGCAGUCGAAGACAACUAUACGAAGAAGAUGGAAUGACCAAUCAAAGGAACAAACCACCCGAACCAAGAUUAAUAAGUUUCCAAAAAGAGGGAUCAGUAGGAUUAAGGUUGUGCGGUGGGAAUCGAUCGGGCGUUUUCGUUUCUGGAGUUCAACCAACCAGCCCCGCUGCACUACAAGGGCUUCAACCGGCUGACAAGAUUCUUAAGGUGAAUGACAUGGAAAUGAAAGGCGUAACUCGAGAGGAAGCGGUACUUUUUUUAUUGAGCUUACAAGAUAGAAUAGACCUUAUAGUACAGCAUUCGCCGGACGAAUACAACGCUGUGGCUAGCGGACAAAUGCCUGGUGACUCCUUCCACAUCAAAACCCAUUUCCACUACACGGAACCCACUGAGGGCGAAAUGUCGUUCCGCUGUGGCGACGUGUUCCACGUGCUCGAUACUUUGCAUAACGGGACCGUUGGAGCUUGGCAUGUUUAUCGGAUAGGUCGAAAUAACCAAGAAGUCCAGAAGGGAACGAUACCAAACAAAGCUCGUGCUGAAGAACUAGCGACCGCUCAAUUCAAUGCUACCAAGAAAGAGAUGUCUGGAAAUGAUGUCAAGCACAAUUUCUUCAGACGAAGACGUUCAACGCAUAGACGAAGCAAAAGCUUGGGAAAGGAACAUUGGGAUGAAGUGGUCCUUUCGGACAGUAUAAGCAAGUUCCCUGCGUACGAACGCGUUGUACUAAAACAGCCAGGAUUUGUUAGACCAGUUAUAGUUCUGGGGGCCGUAGCAGAUAUCGCCAGGGAACGACUACUGUCCGAGAACCCUGAUAAAUUCUCUUCACCCAAAAUGGAUAGUACACUCGAAGAUAGCAAAACGAAAUCAGCCGGUAUCAUUCGUUUAUCCAGCAUCAGAAGUAUUAUGGAAAGAGGGAAACACGCUUUACUGGAUAUUACUCCGAACGCUGUGGACAGGCUCAACUAUGCGCAAUUUUACCCCAUCGUCAUAUUCAUGAAGGCAGAUAGCAAACACAUAAUUAAACAACUCAGAAGCGGUUUGCCCAAGUCGGCUCACAAAUCAUCCAAGAAGCUACUAGAGCAGUGUCAACAUAUGGAGCGUGUAUGGGGCCAUGUGUUCACUCAUACCAUCACACUGAGUGAAGCCAAUCAGGCCACGUGGUUCAAUAAGCUCUGCGAUCUCAUACAGCGUACACAGCAACAGCAGUUAUGGGUGUCUGAGACCAAGAGGCCAGAGCCGUUGUCAGACGACUUUUUGUUCUCGAUGUCUUCGAGUUCGGAGAACAGAUUGUCAUACGCGUCUAGUCCUGAGAGCGACUUGGAAGUGAGUCCGCCGGCGCCGAGAUUAGUGAAGUCCUCCUCUGACCCAUCCAUAGCGACCACUCAAGAUAACAUGGACCGAGACGACGAUAUCAAUCAAAUGGUAGAUGCGGUGCCUCCGCCAUACUCGGUAAUUAACUCAUUACAUAAAAUCGUUUGGUGCAAUAAGCUAUAUGCAAAUGUAAUCAAGAAAAUACAAGGUGGCUACGAUAGCAAGUACGGGUUUGCAAAUGGUAGUGGUCCACAAAGCAAUGGCAACCACAGCCAGAACAUACCUUCGGGUGAAGCCCCGCCCUACCAGUGCAACCCCAUGACUCAUUCACCGCCGCACUCGCCUUUGUAUGGAACUGUGCCGGAGCUGCCGCCGCGAAGCGCGCCGCCUACGCGGCCGGCCGGCGGCGUGCUGCUGCCCGCGCCGCCGCCCGGCAGGCCGCACGGCCUCCGACACCUCCCCACGGGUCGUCCAAGUGCCCAAGAAAGAUUGUUCGGUCCUCCAAAAGAGAACAGCGAUGACACAGCUACGUACAGCGCGAGACCGGCCCACGGUCAGGGCUCCUUGGAUAGACAUCGGCAUCCCAACAAUCCGAAUUCCUACGACGGCACACCACCCUAUGAAUACAGUGGUAACUCAUCCAACAACAACUCUAUGGGCUCAUGCCGUUUACCCCCCAACGCACCCGAUGACCUCAAAGUCGCUCCUCCUACUACCAAGCUAGACGCGCCGCCCAACCCCGCUCACAGCCCGCAGCGCGCGCACGAACACAACUCACUGGACUACGCACGUCCGCCCGAUUCCUACAGGCCUCAAGACACGUACCGCAGCCCGCAGAGCCGGCCUCCGCCCAUGAACGGCAACAGUCCUCACGCACAGAGCGCUCACAACGGCCAAAACCAACACAGCGCUCAGAAUUCCCACAGCGCGCAGAAUUCGCACAUUGCGCAGAAUUCCCAUAUCGCUCAGAAUUCUCACAUCGCUCAGAAUUCUCACAUCGCUCAGAAUUCUCACAUCGCUCAAAAUUCUCACACCGCCCAGAAUUCUCACAACCCGCAAAAUAUUCACAAUCCUCAGAAUUCUCAUAAUCCCCAGAAUUCCUAUAGCGGUCAUAAUUCUCAUAACCCUCACAACGCGCCUACGACUCCGAUGCACGCUAGAGGACCGUCCCUACCAAACGUACCGACUAAUGAUCAUGCUAAAUAUAGCGCGCGGACGAACUCCGCGUCCCAGGCGGACUACGGCGGGCGCGCGCCGCCCUACAAGCCGGUGCCGCCGCCCAAGCCCAAACACUACCGCCCGCCCGACCAGCCGCCGCACCCGCACCUGCCACAUCCCAGGAACGGGAGCGCGGAGGCGGGCCCGGGCGCGCACUACGCGCACGCGCACUCGCUGUCGCAGCCGCACCGCCCGCCACACGCCCACGUCUACCACCAGCAAAACAUGUACGCGUCGGGCGCGGGCGCGCCGCCGUACUCCGGGCCGCCGCCGCACCGCGCCAUCAACCUGCCGCACAACCCGCACCUCAUCGAUUUAGCAGGUAGUCGCGAACAACGAGGAUCGGCAUUCGAGUUGUAUAGAAAACCGCAGCAUAUGCACAAUUUGAGCUCAUCCGAUGCCAUGAACUCCAGUGUGGAGCCAGACGAAACGUUCUCACCAAAAACUAAAAAGAAAUUAUCUAAAAAGCCAUCGUUCAUUAAAAACGCCGUACUCGAUUUAUUCCGUUCGAAAACGAAAAACUCACAGAAAGUUUCUCGACAGAAGUCAUUAUGUGAAAAUGACUUACAACAGAGAUACCCACAGCAACAGGUGCCCCUUCUAAGACGAGAGAAAUCUGAUCUCGGUGACAUCCACAUGAGGAACACUCAGAUCAGGAAUCAAAUGUUACAACGUAGCAAUUCAUCUACUUGUGAAAAGCCUGUAUUAAAACCAAUAUUAAAAAGACAAAGUUCGUUUUGUGACGAUAGAAACGGUUCCAUUUGCACAGUAAGAGAUUACGAUACCAAAUCUGUCGUUAAAACUUUAAGAAGACAGAAUUCAAUGUGUGAAAUGGAAACCGAACCCAAAGUUACCCCGUUGCUUCGUAGACAGAACUCUCUUAUAGAAUAUAAUAGAAGAGGUGUCUACGGACAAUCCUCCAGCUUUAAUAUGAUUACCAAAAUAGAUCCUAUUUACCAAAGACAGCAACAAAUAAAACAUGAACCAUUUUAUCCUACUCAACCACUACCUCCAGAACCAAUUUACCAAAGCCAAGAGCGUAUUGUGUAUGACCCGAUACCUAAGCCGAGAAGGACGUAUGCUUCUCUUUACGAUACCUCUAGCGAAAAUCCAUACGCUAGCAGAUCAGAGAUUUCUAAUCAAAGUUUAGAAAAUCCGUACGGAAAUCAUGAAACAUUAGCCAUGCCUUUGUUAGAGUCGCCUUACGCAACAAGAACUGAAUGCGUCAGAGAAGAUCCGUAUGUGACUAAAAGUGAAAUAGCGGAAUCAUCAUAUAUGAUGAAACAAGAUAUUCCAAGAAAGUCGGACCCUCUAUAUACUGAGUCACCGUAUAGUAGUAAAGAACAGAUGCUAAGAAAUCGAAUGGUAUCUGAAAACCCUUAUGGGACGAAAGAAGAUAUGCUUCGUCAAAGAUUUUCUGAAUCUCCGUAUAAUACAAAAGAAGAGAUGCUUAAGCAAAGAAUGGAGGGUUCGUUUAAUAAAGAGCCAAUUUAUGGUAAAAGAACAUACGAACCACCUCCGAGUACAUCUUGGUCUGAUAGCUCUUAUGCUAUACGACCAGAUCGUAGGCUUCACACACCAAUUAGUUAUCCUGGAAGAAUAUCCCCUUUGAGCAAAUGUAUGAGUGAACCUCCUUAUGCCAGUAGAACUGAAAUGAUUUCAAGAAUUAAUCAAACAGAAUCUCCCUAUGCUACUCGGUCUGAAGUAAAAUCCAGUUGUUCCGAUAAUAAUUACAAUACUAGAAGUGAUAGUUUCGACUUUUCCCAAAAUGUAAGGCCAGCAUCUGCUGAAUGUACUUAUGUGUCUAGACAGGAAAUAUUGUCACAAAAAGCAGCGUUAUUAGCUAAUAAAGAUUCAACUUAUGGAAGCAAAUUAGAGGAAAAGUUAGAAAUCAUUAAACAAAGAAAUCAAGCUAAGAAAGAAAAGAUUUAUCAGACCAGGCUUGAAGCUAACGAGUGUGAUUCUAUAAAAAGUAGAGAACCAUUAUAUGUAUCAAAAAGAGAACUUAAAGAUAGUGUAAUAUACGAAUCACAUCAGGAAACUAAAGAGAUACUAUUACCAUUAAGCCAAGAAGGCAGUGCUCGGAGUAGUCCUUAUGAACUUAGUGAUGCUAACCAUUUGUCACGGCGUGAGCCACUUUAUCAAACAACAACAGAGGCUCUUAAUGGCGAAACCGAAACGUUCCAGGAAAUAGAUUUUUCAAAACUAAGGCUAACGGAGUCUAAGACUGACUCAGAAAAAGAAAAAUCAAAAAGCUUAGAAAGCAAGAUCUUAAAAGGCGAACCUUUAUAUGCUCCUAGAUUGCAUGGCAAGGCCGAUCAUAUUUCUAAUGCAUUAAAAGUGACAUCGUCACCAGUGCCUUAUGAAUCUACAACCUCAAUGGAAACCCAUUAUGCUUCAGAAUGUAGUAUGAAUUUUGAAAACAAACCACAAAGUACUCCAUAUACGUCACAAGAUCUAAACGAACGUUCGCUGAAAUCUAACCGAACUGUCACGUUUUGCGAAAAAAUAAUCGAAAAAAGCCCGGAGAGCAGUCAAGACAAUUCACAAAACGCAUCUUCAAGUAGAAAUGACACAACUAUUAUUAAUAAUGACACCACAGUUGUUAAAGCCGAUGUCUCAGAAACAAAUGAAUCUGAAAACAAAACAAACGAAGUGGCACCAGAUGGGCCUCAUACGACUUGGGGUGUUUUUGAUAGUGAAGGAGGAGUACUAGAGGAUAGACACUGGGGUGUGUCACUGAUUAUUCCACCCAAAGCUAUCGCCCCAGGAAUUAAACAAAAAAUCUAUUUUACCGUGUCUGACCCGCGACUGAGCCAACGCGUAGGCGGACCUCCCAUCGAUAUGGAUAACGGUGAAGCGAUGCUGUCCCCACUAGUGAUGUGCGGGCCGCAGGGUCUCGUGUUUCUGAAACCGGUGACGUUGCGGCUGCCGCACUGCGCGAACGCGGUCCCAUCACUAGGGCUCACGAUCAAAGCUACGGAUACGGAGGCACAUCUCAGUACAGACUGGGAUCAAAUCCAUCUGCCAGCCACUACCACACUCAACACGGUUGCCGUCAAAGUUGACCACUUCUAAAAACUAAUUAUGAAUUUUUGCCAAAUGAUCAGUGUUGCCGCCUGUAUAAUUGCGUUGCAGUAAGUAAACAUUGUCCCUACCUUAUGAAUAUAUAAGUUCUGAUCAAUUGUAAUGAAUUUUUAAUUUAUGUUAAUUCUUUGAAUGAAAUGUAUUGCAUUUUUGCCGAUGAAAUAUCUAAGUCUAUAAGCCAAAAUAGUGUCAAGUUUUCUAUUUCUCGUUUGAAAUUAUUCACCCCACCUAAUUUUAUAAGCUUAAUUUUUUUUUUCAUUAUUGUAAUUAAGUGGUGCUAGACAGUGACAAUUAAGAAAAAUGUAUCUAAGAAUAUGCAUAUCGGUAUGAAUCUCGGUAAAGGAUUUGUAACAAUAAAUUACUAAUAAAUUAAUUGAUUGAUUAUUCGAGAAAUAUUUAACUAAAAUGCCUUACAUAAUUUAGGAUAUUAUUAAUUUAAGAUUUAUUAUGUUCAUAUUGUUAUGUUUAAAAGUAGCGUUAAAUGUAAGUGUCAUUAAGCGAUUUUUGAACGAAAAGUCUCAACAGACUGCUGUUCGAAUUUAUCAUUGGCUUCCGCAGAAUAUGAUAUUAAGUUACAUUAUUGUUUUUUAAUUUAAAAAAAAUAAAUAAUGUGGAAUGUUACUCUUAAUUUUGUAACUUUGGCCUUCGCGGCAUAGUCAUAUAUACCUAUGUUAUGUAUACGUAGAUAUUAAGUAUACGUAAGCGAACGACUGUAUGUAUAUUUUAUUGUUACUAGUAAUUCGCUGAUUUACCUUGACUUGGUUAUUAAAUUUAUAUGUAAUAAAAA